AUGUCUCUCGGCAAGAAGGUUACUCUUAACACUGGCCACCAGAUUCCCCAGCUAGGAUUUGGCACCUGGCAAUCUGCCCCCGGCCAAGUCGGUGAGGCCGUUUAUGAAGCCCUGAAGGCUGGUUACCGCCACCUGGAUCUUGCCACUAUCUAUCAGAACCAGAAGGAGGUUGCCGCUGGCAUCAAACGCGCUUUCCAGGACGUUCCCGGCCUCAAGCGUGAGGACAUUUUCAUCACUUCUAAGUUGUGGAAUAGCCAGCACCGCCCUGAGGUCGUCGAGGCCUCUUUGGAUGCGUGUCUUGCCGAGCUUGAGCUUGAUUACCUCGAUCUUUACCUUGUCCAUUGGCCUGUCGCUUUCCAGAAGGGCGAGUCGUACUUCCCCCUUGUCGCCAACAGCACUGUCGAGGGCGGUGAUGUGAUCAUUGAUGACGGUGUUUCCAUUGUUGACACCUGGAAGGCCAUGACCAAACUCCCUAAGAGCAAGGUUCGCUCGGUCGGUGUCUCGAACCACACCAUUGAGCAUCUUGAGGCCCUCAUUAACGGCACCGGUGUCGUUCCUGCUGUCAACCAGAUCGAGCGCCACCCUGUGCUGCAGAGCAACGACCUGAUCGAGUACUGCCAGAAGAAGAACAUUCACAUUACUGCAUACUCUGCCUUUGGUAACAACAUGCUCAACAUUCCUCUCCUCAUCACCCGUCCCGAGGUCAAGGAGGUCGCUGAGGCGGUCGCUAAGCGUACCGGCACCGAAGUCACCCCUGCCCAUGUCAUUCUUGCCUGGUCCCAGGUCGGUGGCCACAGUGUUAUCCCCAAGUCGGUCACUCCGUCCCGCAUCCGCGAUAACUUCAAGGAGAUCGAACUCCUGCCAGAGGAGGUGCAGAAGGUUAGCCAGCUGGGCAAGGACCGCAAACGUUACAAUAUUCCUUACACUGCCAAUAAGCCCCGCUGGAAUAUCAACAUCUUCGGUGAGCCUGAGAGGAGCAGCCUGCUGACCACAAGGUGA